CCCUCUUUUUUUUUUGGAUAUCUCGUUGUCCUCUCCGCUAAACCGAAGCAAAAUCUAGUGGGUUGACCAAACUAUACAUCAAUCCAUUUUCAACUGAGGCCAGUCUUAUUGUUCAAAUACGGGAAUUUUAAUUUGGAUUAAUAGUGAAGGUAUUAGAAUUAGCCAAUUCAACUGGCCGAUCUAGAGUGUACGGUGGAGUGUUGUGAAUGAUGGGCGGUUUUAUCGGGAAAAAUGGUUGACAGUCCUCAUAGGGAGGUUAUUUCCAUUUGAGCUCCACCUGGACGGCGGACCUUCCUAAUGCCGGAGCGGCCAGUGAGGAGGAGCUCUUAGAAAUACCACAUUCUCAAGGCACUGUAUCUAACAUACUACAAUCUAAUCUCUCCAAUGACUAUAAUCCUAUGUCCUGUCUCAGGACAAGGUAGAAGUUGUGUUUCUCCAGUUGUAAUAUUUUUUCCCUUCGGAAUUAUUUCCCAGUUUAAACCCCUCAAUUCUGUACCUGUACUUCCUUUUUUUUGCGGUACAUGUACCUAUACUUCCAAAAAAACCAAAGAAAUUGACCUCUUUAAAUUAUGCACAUCAUUUCUGCAUUCAUCUCUUUGCCAAACCCAGCUGUCUCAGUUGGUGUGCAGCAUAGGCUUCCCCAAUGGAGGCCGUGGUUUGAGCCCCACAGGAGGCGCAUUUGGGGUUCAGGGCUAUGGAUGGCCUCUGGACCCCUUGUUGACUAACCUACUAACUCACUAACUCCCCCAAUCCCGCCGAUGUAUAUUGGUGUGAAAAAAAAAAUUAUGCCCAUCAAAACAAGCAGAAAAUUCUCCAUUUUAAGGGAACGGCCAGCACAUGGGCAAGUCAGCAAUCAACUUUUUGCAAGGACACUUCUUUUGGUACUUCUUUCCUCACUCCUUGAUUGUGAAGUACUCCUUCUUUCACUUCCAUAUACCUGACUAAACUGAACUUUUGCUAGUUUUUCAGGAGCAUAAUAACUUCAAAUUACAUUUGAAUAGGCCUUGCAAAUUUUGUUUUCCAUUUUACUUCCUCCUCCUAGAAAGCUUCCCCUCAUGAUCAAUCUUACGCGGAAAAAAGCCAAAUCUUGUUCGGACCAUAACGCUGUUUUCACGGCUAAUGGAAUGAUCAUUGAACAGAUGAACUCAGUCUUGAAGCGUGUUUGGGUACCGGGACCAGUGAUUAUCGGUGCUGGACCUUCUGGACUAGCUGCAGCCGCAUGCCUCAAGAAAAUGGAGGUCCCUUUCUUGAUCAUAGAGAAAGAGAAUUGUCUAGCAUCUCUGUGGAAACUGAAAACAUACGAUCGCCUAAAACUCCACCUCCCAAAGGAAUUCUGCAAACUUCCUCAUUUUCCGUUCCCUCCAGAUAUUCCAUCGUACGCGGAAAAACAACAGUUCAUUUGCUACGUGGAGGCUUACGCGGAGCAUUUCUCAAUUGAGCCCUUGUUUGGAAAGGAAGUUAAACGAGCUAAGUACGACGGGACAAUGGGGCUAUGGCAAGUCCAAACCAAUGACUCUGAGUUUAUGUGCCGGUGGCUUAUUGUGGCAACGGGGGAAAAUGCAGAACCGGUGCUGCCACAGAUUGAUGGAAUCGCGGAGUUCAGAGGAAAUAUACUGCACACCAGUGAGUACAAAAAUGGAGCUGAUUUUAAAGGAAGUAAGGUUUUAGUUGUGGGUUGUGGGAAUUCAGGCAUGGAGAUUGGUUUGGACCUUUGUAACAGUGGUGCUCAAGUUUCUGUAGUUGUAAGAGACAAGUUGCAUGUUUUGCCUAGAGAGGUGUUGGGUCAAUCCACCUUUGCUCUUUCAAUGCGGUUACUGAAAUGGUUUCCGGUCAGACUAGUUGAUCGGUUCCUUCUCCUGUGUUCAAGGUUAAUCCUUGGAGACAUAUGCCAAAUGGGGAUCACAAGACCUGAAAUCGGCCCCCUUGAACUCAAGAAUACUUCUGGAAAAACACCAGUUUUGGAUGUCGGAACUAUUGCUAAAAUAAAGUCCGGUCAUAUUAAGAUUGUCGAUGGCGUAAAGAGAUUCACAAGCAGAGGUGUAGAGUUUGUGGAUGGCAGAUCAGAUGAAUAUGAGUCAAUUAUUCUAGCAACAGGCUAUAGAAGUAAUGUAGCCUCUUGGCUAAUGGAGGGAAACUUCUUCAACCGGGAAGAUGGCUAUCCGAAAAAGCCAUUUCCCCACAACUGGAAGGGGAUGAAUGGAGUAUACAGUGUGGGUUUUACAAAACUAGGCUUGUUGGGGGUUUCCUUUGAUGCACAAAGAGUAGCUAAAGAUAUUUCAAGCCAAUGGAACUCUGAACUGAAGCACUUAAGACUAGCUCGGAGCGUAGCAUGCGCUAGUUCACAAAUUUCUCACGAGUUUUAGCACCAUGGGAUGUUUUUGAAAGUCGCUUUCAUGCUCUCGCUUCCGUUUUCGUUCAUGCUCCUACUCACGCAUUACCUGACUUGGAGCUGGAGUAUACUAGUUUAUAGUCAAGGCCAGCUUGAUGUCAAAGGUAGAACACAAUGUAUGCCACCACUUUCACGAGUUU